UUUCUCUAGAACCAAACGAAGUUUUUGGAAGACAGCAAAGGGGAAAAAAAAAAAAAAGAGAAGGAAUGAGAAUGCAAAAUCAUAAGCGGGAUUUUGGAGUAACAGUAAAUAAGCAUAUUGUCUCAGUGAUUUGGUUUCUGGGUAAUUUGGUCGCUUUGCAAGUCACGUUUGGGGUUCAGAUUCUUUCAAAGUCAAAGCUCGAGAAAUGCCAGAAGAAUUCAACCUCCGACAACCUCAAUUGCAACAAAAAGAUUGUUCUUAACUUGGCUGUUCCAAGUGGCUCGAGUGGUGGAGAGGCCUCAAUUGUUGCUGAAAUAGUGGAAGUGGAAGAGAAUUCGACACAAAAGAUGCAAACUUUGAGAAUUCCACCGGUUUUGACGGUCAACAAAUCUGCUGCUUAUGCCCUUUAUGAGCUUACAUAUAUUCGAGACGUGUCAUAUAAACCGGAAGAGUAUUACGUUAAGACACGCAAAUGUGAGCCAGAAGCUAGUGCAAAAGUUGUGAAGAUAUGUGAGAGGUUGCGAGAUGAAAAUGGUCACAUUAUGGAGCACACUGAGCCAAUCUGUUGUCCUUGUGGGCCCCAAAGGCGUAUGCCUUCAUCGUGUGGAAACGUUUUUGAUAAGUGGAUGAAGGGGAAGCCUAACACUGCACACUGUCUCCGUUUCCCAGGUGAUUGGUUCCAUGUUUUCAGUAUUGGACAGAGAUCUCUGGGAUUCAGUGUCAAGAUCCAGGUGAAGACAGGAUCUAAAAUUUCGGAAGUGUUUGUGGGUCCUGAAAAUAGGACAGUAACAUCAAAUGAUAAUUUCCUAAGAGUUAAUAUGAUUGGAGAUUUUGUUGGUUAUACCAAUAUACCAUCAUUCGAAGAUUUCUACCUUGUGAUACCAAGACAAGGGGGACCUGGUCAACCACAGAGCUUAGGAGGGAACUUUUCAAUGUGGAUGCUGCUUGAGAGACUAAGAUUUACCUUAGAUGGGACAGAAUGUAACAAAAUUGGUGUUGGUUAUGAGGCUUUUAAUGACCAGCCAAACUUCUGCUCUUCGCCCUUUUUGAGUUGCCUUCAUAAUCAGCUGUGGAAUUUCUGGGAGGCUGACCAGAACAGAAUUAGAAGAAAGCAGCUGCCACUAUAUGGUGUCCAAGGAAGGUUUGAAAGGAUAAACCAGCAUCCAAAUGCAGGGACUCAUUCCUUUUCCAUAGGUGUUACUGAAGUUCUGAAUACAAAUCUCUUGAUAGAACUAAGUGCUGACGAUGUAGAAUAUGUUUAUCAAAGGAGCCCUGGGAAGAUUUUAAGCAUUAACAUUCCAACAUUUGAAGCCCUUUCUCAAUUUGGGGUUGCUACAAUAAAAACGAAGAAUACUGGGGAAGUGGAGGCAUCGUAUGGGUUAACGUUUGAUUGCUCCAAAGAUGUUACGCUUAUGGAGGAACAAUUCUUUAUUAUGAAGCCUAAAGAAGAGAUAAUCCGAUCAUUUAAGCUCUACCCAGCAACUGAUCAAGCUGCAAACUAUCUAUACUUAAGGACUCUGAUUAUAAUGAGGUGGAUAGAGCCGAGUGCCAAUUUGCUACAACUUCAACUGUCCUUGACAAUGGAACACAGUUUGACCUCUAUGAUUGCCUAUAGAUCCUGUGAAGUCAUUCAUUUGGUGCAGAAUACUCCAUUUCAUCCACCAAAGAAAGGCAUAAGUGGUUUCUUUGAGACUAUAGCAAGCAUUUGGAAUGAUGUGUGGAGAGGAUUGACAGCCUUCAUUACUGGAAAAACUUGCAGAAGAAAAUGCUAUGGAUUUUUUGACUUCAAAUGCCACAUCCAAUAUAUAUGCAUGAGUUGGAUAGUGAUGUUUGGUCUGUUUUUGGCAAUCUUUCCAACAGUGAUUGUUCUACUAUGGCUUUUACACCAGAAGGGACUCUUUGAUCCUAUUUAUGAUUGGUGGGAAAAUCAUUGUUGGACUGAUGACGACGGUAUUCGGGAUAUUCAAAGGCAUGGAACUCAUAUCAACCACCACCAUCACCACCACAUUCAUGUCAACAAACAUAGUCAGAAGCAUGGAACAAGGCAUCAUCACAAGUCCGGCAAUCAUCAUAGGAGAAAAAGCAUCCACAAUGAUCACAGGCACAACCAUUCUGAGAGGGAAGCUGAUUAUGAUUACUAUCUCCAUCAUGUUCACAAGGCGAAACUCAAGCAGGGGCGCGUUCGAAAUACACGUGUCAUGCAGAAUUUGGUUGACAAUGUAGGCCAGAACAAGCAGAGAAAGGACAGAGAAACGGAUAUAAUACUGAAGAAGUAGCUUCCCCCCCUCCCCUCGAAGAUUCAAAUUAAAAUAGAAAAACACAUGUAUUAUAUCAUUUACAAUGACUGUAACAAGUAAAUCUUCAUUUUGACAAAUUUGUGUUGUGUGCCUCAGAGCUUAGAGUGCCAUGAAGCUACAUUUUUCUGAGACUAAUUUUGGUUGAGGAAACAAAACUGUCAAAUCUGAUCGGGGGCAAAACUAUAGGUCGGUCGGUCUUUGCUUUAGGAGUGACCAGGAAAAGCCGCUCUCUUUGUACAUUGUCCGAAUAGUAUUGUUGACUUUUUUUGCAGCUUGAGAGUGAACUCCGUCUUGGUUAUCAAUUGGUAAUCUUUUUUCUCCAGU